GCUGGGCGACGGCGGCGGGGAGCGGGGCGGUCCACAGCGGCGAGGGAGGCGGGGCGCGCCCGGAGGCCCAGCUUCCGGCCUGCGAGACCUGUCCCGCGAGUCCCCGCGCCGCGCCUGCAGCCCCGCCGCGCCGCCUAGCCCCACCUGCGGGGCCCCCGACCUCCCGCCCGCUUCCCGCCGCGCCGCGGAGCCCCACCUGCGGGGUCCCGCCCGCUUCCCCCGCCGCUUCCCGUCGCGUCUGCAGCCCCGUCGCGCCGCGGAGCCCCACCUGCAGGGCCCCCGCCCGCCCGCCGCUUCCUAUCGCCACUGCGCCUGCGCGGCCGGAACCUUCGCGAAGGUUCCCGAGGCGGAGCUGGCCGUUCCCGGAAGCCGGCAGCCUGCGCGCCUGCAGGCUCGGGUCGCGCGCCGGAGGUUGCAGAGGAGGCGAGUGGCGGUUCCGGCGUCCGGGAAGGAGAAUGGCCCUCCUGUGCUACAACCGGGGCUGCGGCCAGCGCUUCGACCCCGAGACCAACUCCGAUGAUGCUUGUACAUACCACCCAGGCGUUCCAGUCUUUCAUGAUGCAUUAAAGGGUUGGUCUUGCUGUAAGAGAAGAACAACUGAUUUUUCUGAUUUUUUAAGUAUUGUAGGCUGUACGAAAGGAAGGCAUAACAGUGAGAAGCCACCUGAGCCAGUCAAACCUGAAGUCAAGACUACUGAGAAGAAAGAGCUUUCUGAAUUGAAACCCAAAUUUCAGGAGCACAUCAUUCAGGCCCCUAAACCAGUAGAAGCAAUAAAAAGGCCAAGCCCGGAUGAACCAAUGACAAAUUUGGAAUUAAAAAUAUCUGCCUCCCUAAAACAAGCACUUGAUAAACUUAAAUUGUCAUCGGGGAAUGAAGAAAAUAAGAAAGAAGAAGACAGUGAUGAAAUUAAGAUUGGAACCUCAUGUAAAAAUGGAGGGUGUUCAAAGACAUACCAGGGUCCACAGAGUCUAGAAGAAGUCUGUGUAUAUCAUUCUGGAGUACCUAUUUUCCAUGAAGGGAUGAAAUACUGGAGCUGUUGUAGAAGAAAAACUUCUGAUUUUAAUACAUUCUUAGCCCAAGAAGGCUGUACAACAGGGAAACACAUGUGGACUAAAAAGGAUGCUGGGAAAAAGGUUGUUCCAUGUAGACAUGACUGGCAUCAGACUGGGGGUGAAGUCACCAUUUCGGUAUAUGCGAAAAAUUCACUUCCAGAGCUUAGCCAAGUAGAAGCAAAUAGCACAUUGUUAAAUGUACACAUUGUAUUUGAAGGAGAGAAGGAAUUUCAUCAAAAUGUGAAAUUAUGGGGUGUGAUUGAUGUAAAACGAAGCUACGUGACUAUGACGGCAACAAAGAUUGAGAUCACCAUGAGAAAAGCUGAACCUAUGCAGUGGGCAAGCCUUGAACUGCCUGCAGCAAAAACCCACGAAAAACAAAAGGAAGAGACAACAGAAUGAGUUGGGAAGGGAAAGAAAUGUCACUGGCUGUUUCAGAAUUCUUGCUGCGUGAAGUGGUGACUUGCUGCUGUACUCUUGUUUUCUUGUUAUUGUUGUUGAAUCUGGCAUUUCAGGGUCUGCAGUAGGUUCAAGCCAAAGUCGGUUUAUCUUUUUGUGCCUCCCGUAUCGCUUUUGAGUUACCUAAAUUAAUUAUUCAUUUCUCCUCACUAAUAGAACUGUAGUUGUGUCCUGUACUUGAAGAAGCUAGAAAAUAGCUCAUAACAGUUACAAUAUUUCUUAGCAUAAUACUGCGUUAAUCAGAGAAAUGUCAAGAAACAUUCGUUUUUACAUCUCUUUCUUUUAUCCUAUAAUUAAUCACUAAAGCAAGAUGGAAUGUCAGAUUUUUAAUUAGCUUUUUCAUGAAUUUGUGUUCCUAUGAUACUUGAAAAUCUUUAAGGAAGAGAUGAAGCUCUGCAUUGCUUUUCCACUCAACAAUAACAUUUUGUAGGGGGAUUAACUCACGGUAGUGUAGUACAUAAGUAGUAGCAAGGAAAUACAAACAUUGAUUAACAAAUCAGAAUUCACUUACAGCUAAUUGGAUUAAAAAUUACAUCAGUACCUGUAUACUUGCCAAGCAGUAUGAUCUUAAGAGUAUAGGAAACAUCAUAAAUAAGAAUAAAAAGGUAUCAAUUUGAUUAAAAUUCACCAUUUUAUAAGACUAAACAGUAGUGUUAAACAUCUUUUUCCUAAUUAUUCAUAAGGUCUCUGGAUGGUGUUAUGACUGAAUUGUACCUAAUUUAUAGUCUGUGCCCUCUUAGAAUCUUUUAUUAGUUAUAAAGAUAAAUUAUAUAUAUUAUUUGGCCUCCCUGGUGGAAAACUGUCUGUAAAAUUCCAGGCUAAAAGACUUUUGGAAAUACAUUAGGGUAUCAGAAAAGUAAAUAUUUAAACUUUGCUUUAUGACAGCUAUUACAUGUGAAAUAAACAAAAUAGCUUAUUCUUUUGAAGUUUUUUUUUUUUUUUUACAUUUUCACAAACAGCUUGACAGUUCUAGGUGAUACAGUGUUGAUUAUAUAUUGUACUUGAUUAAACAUAGGUAGCACAGAAUUAGAUAGUUUAUGCUAAUUGAACCCAUUAAAGGAUAAUUAGUUUCUGAGGCAGUGCAGAGUUCACAAAGGAAACUGAAAUUAAGACAUGUUAUGAAGGCAGAAACUAUGGCAAAACUUAAUACAUUUGAAUAUGAAUUAUGUUUAUGUAGAUUAAAAUAAUGAUUUCUUAAGCUUCUUGAGUGUUUUUCUUUCUUGGUAGUAAUGGACUUAGAAAGAAAAGUUUCCAGAAGUACAGUUUUAGUUAACAGUAUUUCUCAAGUCUAUUACCUUAACAAAUAAAUAACUAUUAGAUGUAGUUAAUGUAAUUAUUAAAUGGUUUGGUUUUGUUACAUAUAAAGACAGAAAAAUUGGCAGCCAGCUUUUAUGACACUAAAAUACCAUGGCAAGAAAUUUUUGCAGUGAAGAUUGGACCCAAAAGAAAUAUAUAUUUCUAGUAUUUGGGGUUGUAUUUAAAUUUUUUUAACUUUUCAUAGUUUUGGAACCUGAGUUCUUUUAGAGCCAUGAAAUCUAGUUUAUUAUUUAGAGGAAGGAUUGAUAAUUGAUUUGAUUUGAGGUAAUGUUUACUAGGCCCUUUACUGAUGAUUCCUUCUUGAGACUUUUCCCCCUAAGCAAUACGUAAUAAAGCAAGAGUAUUAUUCAUGGAAGAGUUAGUUACAAACCAGUCACCUUUAUAUAUAAUGUAUUAUCUAUACAUUAUAUACUCACAGUUUUCGUAUUUAGUCUGGUUAUACUAGGGACCAUUCUGUUUCCUUUGUUAGUCCUAUGAACCUCUGAAUUUGUUGCAUAAAUAAAAAUCUAAAUAUAAACAAUUAUCUUAAACUCACAUAACAGUUAAAAUUAAGUAGAAUGAGUUUUAAUUAUCUAUCUGGAUCAAAAUGCUUGUUAACUUUAUUCAGUUAUUUCUCUAGAAAAGCUUCAUCUAUCUAAGUGUAUUCAUAAUAACUGUAGCAAAAUAAAGCUAGAUUUAUUGUACACUUGAUAACUAAUCUGAUGGCUAAAUCAACAUUUUAGGGAAACCUAAAAUAGCAUUUUUCUUGCUUGGCACGUUCGCUAAUAUAAAGGAAGAAAAAUGCUGAGAAUUUGAACUUUUACUACUUUUUAACCUCUUAUUUUGGUAUAAUUUUAGAUUUACAAAAGUUGCAAAACAGUACAGGUUUUUUUAUGUCCUAUAUUAAUCUUCCCCAACUGCUAAAAUGUUACAUAUCAUUAGAACAUUUACAAAACUAAGAAUUAGCCUUGCUAAAAUACCAUCAACUAAUGUUGAACAUUAGUUUUGAUUAUUUGUUUUUAGUGGAACACUAUUUUCAGAGUAGUUCUUGAGACCUAGUAUUUUGAUAGUAAUUAGAACCAGUAAUCUGUGAGCCAUUAAAAAUAUAAAUUGAAAUCAACCUGUCAUAGACAAAACAUUGUAACCAAAUACUGGCAAAGUACUGCAGUGAUCUAUUUUAUUAAAAUUUAUCUUUUAUGCUAGAGAUUUUAAUUCUUAUUAAGUAAAACUUGUUUGGUUUUCCUUAGACAGUUCUUUAGAAAUCUAAGGGUGAACAGAACCUUAAAGAGUUCUUGCCAGUCUCUUAAGAUGACUUUGGGUUAUUGCUCUACUGCCCCUUGCUAUGGGGAAAAAAAAAUCGUUACCCAGAUUGAAAAUUACAUUAUACAUACACCUGUAAUAAGUAAAUUAAUGGAAAAUCUUGAAAGUGAAAAUUCCCUGGUGGUCUAGUGGAUUGGGCUCUGUGCUUCUACUGCAGGGGUCGGGUUUGGAGCAAAGAAAAAAAGGAUUAAAAGCUCACUUAUGAAGUCUGUAACCUUUCUUUUUCUUUGUAAUAGCCAGGUACUUUUUGUUAUCAGAAAGUUAAGGAAUUUUUCGGUUUGUUUUAUUCAAAUUACUUUGACCUGGUAUUCAUUUUUGAUACUUAUUUUCAUUCUUUUGCCUAUGUUAUAAUUCUUUAGCCUCAGUUCUGGAAUGCAAACUAAGUCCUGCUUGUUUCUAGGUUUUAAGUUUCUAAGUUUCAUUUCUUUUGUUUUUUGGGUAGCUGGGAAGUUGGUGUUUUACCUGAUUGCUUCCUUUCUGCCCAAAUCUUUUACAAGUUAAACUCCUCUGGAGUUGUUGUGUGGCUUGGUUUUUUUUUCUUAAGUAUAGAUGCAUGGUGCUUUAUACUUUAUGCCUUUGACAUUAUCUCUAAAAUAUUGGACUUGGAAAGGUUGCUUGUUUUUUUAUUUUUAUUUUUUGCAUAGUUUGCUUUUACUUUUUUUUUAAAGUUUUUGUAUAGCUCUUAGUUGUGAAGAAUUCCGUAAAAAACAGUUACUUUUAAAGAGCAUGAUUUUAUUAAAUGCCAAUUAAUGCCUUUUCUUAUUUUUCCAAUUUAGUAGGCCACAUUUAAUGUCUACUGAAGUGACAGCCUUAAACAUUUUUAUGUUGCUUAAAGAUUAUGUGGCAAAAUAAUUUUAUUUGCUAAUCCUUUUUGACUCAGCAGAUAACAGUGUCCAGAUGAGUGUGUUGUUAAACUAUGCUUUUAAGACUGCUAAGAAAGAUUAAGCCUGGGAGAGGGAAUCAAUCUGUCAAAAUGCUUGUUACUCCCUGAACCUGUUAAUUCUUGGUGUUCCAAAAAUGAGACUAGAUCAGUGUAUUAAUGUUAAACACUGUCAUCCUUCAUGUUGCUCAUUUCAGUUUAGAGUUCCAUAUUUAUUAAUUAUUUAUUUGUAUGAUUAAUUUGUUAAUGUUUGUAUCCUUUUAUAGACCACAUAUAACCUUGACUGUGUCUAGGCCAACCGUUAUAUCCCUGUUUUCUAGUAUAGUACUUGGCAUGUUGGUUGGCUCUUAGAAAUAUCAAGGCAUGUAGCACUUGUUAGGGGCCAGUCUAAGGACUUUUAUGAAUAUGGACUUAACCCUCAUGACACCCUGUGAGGUAUAUUCUCUUGUUACAGGCAAGGAAACUGAUUUAUGGCACAAGUUAAGUAACUUGCCCAAUGGCAAAACUAGUGAGCUGUGGAGUAGAGAUUUCACACGCAGGCCUCUGGCUUUGUGUUCUGUGCUCCUGACUGUUUCAUGCAGCUUGUGUCUGUCAGUUGAAUUAAUGGGUUCCAUGAAACAUUGGCAUAUACUGCAUGGAAAACAAGUACCAUUGUGUUUAGCUACCAGGAAAAAUCUUACUUUUUCAUAUGUUUUGUUAGAAAAUAAAUUUAUAAAAUAAAGUAUGUAGUCUUUUUGUUUGUA